AUUAUGUUUGUUAUAUGAGUGAAUUUGAAAUGCUGUUUAUUGAUUUGUUUCAUUCCUUUGAGCCAGUGUAUUUUGCAGGACAAAUGCUUGAAUUUUGAUUAAGAACAAACUCCCUUCAGUAAAUAAACACAUGUUGCUGGUUUAAGACUGGUCACUGGGUGUCUGUGGGGUUAAACUGGACCUGCGGUCACCAUAUGGUCACCUGCCUUUAUAUACACUGACUGAGUAACAGGUGUGCAGAAGAUCAUGACAGAGGAACAUUCAACAGGUUAUGGGAUGACUGUAGGCGCAGAAGGCGGAGUUAGUAAGUCUAAUGAUGGUAAGGAGGUGUGGCCUGCACAGCCACGCCCACCAUCGCAUGACCGGGUCACACUAGUGGUUGAUGGGACUCAUUUUGUGGUGGAUCCGGCGGUUUUCACCACUUACCCGGAUACAGUGCUCGGGAGGAUGUUUGGUCGAGCGCGUCAGCACAGCUUCACACGACCCAACUCUAAAGGUGAAUAUGAGAUCGCAGAGGGCAUCGGAGCCAACAUCUUCAGAGUCAUCCUGGAUUAUUAUCGUGUCGGCAUGCUUCACUGUCCUGAAGGUGUUUCUGUGGCUGAACUGAGGGAGGCGUGUGAUUAUCUGUGCAUAAACUUCGAUUACAGCACCGUCAGAUGUAGAGACCUGAGUGCUCUGCUGCACGAGCUGACCAAUGACGGCGCUCGGCAUCAGUUUGAGGUGUUUCUGGAGGAGUUGUUGGUUCCAGCGAUGGUGGCGAGUGCUCAGGAGGGAGAGAGAGAGUGUCACAUUGUUGUUCUUACAGAUGAUGAUACUGUGGACUGGGAUCGUGAUAAUCCACCACCAAUGGGUGAAGAACAUUCACAAAUCCUGUACAGCACCAAACUCUACCGGUUUUUCAAAUACAUUGAGAACAGAGACGUAGCGAAAGCUCUGCUGAAGGAGAGGGGCCUGAAGAACAUACGCAUCGGCAUUGAGGGUUACCCCACCUGUAAGGAGAAAAUGAAGCGGCGUCCAGGCGGAAGGUCAGAGGUCAUCUACAGUUAUGUGCAGCGUCCGUUUAUCCAACUGUCCUGGGAGAAGGAGGAAGGGAAGAGUCGACACGUGGACUUCCAGUGCGUCCGCAGUCGCAGCGUCCCCAACCUCAUCACUGCCAUGGGGGAGGUGCCUGCACGAGCUGGGGCCACGCCCACGCCACAAGUCGAUGAGCUGGAUCGGCUGAACGGCCCCGCCCCUCCCGGCCUUGACCAAUGAGCCUCUUGAGCAGUGACUAACGGAUUAAACUGGUCAUUCUCAAAUGAUCUAGAGUCAGUUUAAUAUAGCACUGGACUGAACUGUGAUAAUAUGUAAAGUCCAAAGUAUACUUGGGUAAGAUGCCGGCGCUAGGCAUCUACGUACAGGAAACGUGGUGCAAAUAUCUGUCAUUAGUAGAGUGCUCGAUCACUGAACACAUGCGGCACUCUGAACUAUUUAGCUGAAUUAUUUGCACUAAUAAAAGGUAAAUAUUACACUAAAUAUGGUAAAAGAAAUCUGAAAGCACUGUAAAUCCCAGCAUCAACCAUCACCCCAAAAUUAGCCCCAAAUUAUGAAUUUGUUUUUUUCUCCCAAUGUGUAACGCCCAAUUCCCAAUGCGCUCUAAGUCCUCAUGGUGGCAUAGUGACUCAAUCACUAAAAUCACUCUCUUCGGAGACCGUCAAUCCGCGCAUCUGAUCACGUGACUCGUUGUGCAUGACACUCACAGCAUGUGGAGGCUCAUGCUACUCUCCACGAUCCACACACAACUCACCACACGCCCCAUUGAGAGAACCACUAAUCACCACCACGAGGAGGUUACCCCAUGUGACUAUACCCUCCCUAGCAACCGGGCCAAUUUGGUUACCCAUGUGACUCUACCCUCCCUAGCAACCGGCCCAAUUUGGUUACCCAUGUGACUCUGCCCUCCCUAGCAACCGGGCCAAUUUGGUUACCCCAUGUUACUCUACCCUCCCUAGCAACCGGGCCAAUUUGGUUACCCCAUGUGACUCUGCCCUCCCUAGCAACCGGCCCAAUUUGGUUGCUUUGGAGACCUGACUGGAGUCACUCAGCACACCAUGGGAUUCAAACUAGCGAACUAGCGUACCCCAGGGGUGGUAGCCAGCGUCUUUUACCACUGAGCUAUCCAGGCCCCCCAAAAAGUAAUUACAAACUGAACACACAAGGGGGCAGAGGUGCAAGGGGGUAAAGGGGUAGUUUGUGAAACGCUAACCCCUCGUCACUUUGCGCUUCCGUCAAGCGUUGUAACGUGACGCUCAAAACUUCAAACGGUUUAACGUUUAUCAUUUCAAAGCACCGCUGAAAUCAAAACAACGUGUCCUUUGUGACGCUUUUCAUGUUCCAAUCAACGCGCCUUUUGAUGCUGGUGUUGAGCGGGUCGUUGAACCGCUGGCACGCGCCAUGUGGACGCAGACUGCCGAUUCGGUGUUCACAUUAACUAUAUUGCGGAGAUGUUUUUCACCGAAGUGUCUUUGAGCUGUAUGUGGCUUUGAAUAAAACAAUAUCUGCCAAAUAAAACACGAGGAAGAUCCGUCUGAAAUGUGCUCAAUCUUCUGAAGCCUACAG